GCUAUGUUCUGUGUUUUGUACAUUGUCAUUCAACCGGCUCUGUGUGAUGCCUUUAGAAAAUGAUUAUGACUCUGCAUUGUUGUUCGAGACUGAAGGAGUAGCUCUUUACUCAUGAAUAAAGCCUUCCUAUAAAAGAGAGGCUGCAACCAAAGAAAAGAGCAAGAGGAAAGAGAGAAAGAAGAGAGAGAGAGAAAGAAAGAAAGAAAGAAAAGAGAUGGAGUCACAGGGCGAAGGGUACCCUCCCUUUUCGGUCUCAACUGGUGGUGAUGAGAGUAUGCAAGGUGUUAUGCAGAGAGAGGUGAACCCCUCAACUAGUGCUCCCCCUCUUCCAGAACUUAGGCUAGUCCUGCUGGGAAGGAAAGGAACAGGGAAGAGCUCUGCAGCCAAUACCAUCCUGGGAGGAAUAGGGGGGUUUGAGAGCGGCAGACCAACCGAGGAGUGCUCGAAAAAGCGAGCCGAUCUAACCAGGAGACGAGUCACCGUGGUAGACACCCCUGGCUGGGAAUGGUACUACCCGCUCAACAGCACCCCCGACUGGGUCCGGAGAGAGACGUUGCGUAGCAUGUCCCUGUGCUCCCCCGGACCUCACGUUAUCCUGCUAGUGAUACGUUCCUGCGCCUCGGUAACCGAGUCCUACAGGAAGCAAAUAGAGGAGCACCUGGAGUCUCUGGGGGAAGGGGUGUUGGACCAUACCAUGUUGCUGUUCACCAGGGGGGACGAGCUGGGUGUGGUGCCCAUGGAGCAGAGGAUCCUGACGGGUGGGGCUGCCUUCCAGCAGCUGCUACGGAGGUGUGGGAACAGGUACCAUGUCCUGGACAAUAGGAGCCGGGGAGAUGGAACUCAGGUAAGGGAGCUACUGAGGAAGAUGGUGGAGAUGGUGGAGAACAAGGGAGGACAUUUUGGGGCAGAUCCUGCCCUCCUGAGGUUGGAGGCAGACGGGAGGAGGAGAGCGAGGGAAAGGAGGAAGAGGCAGAGACAGAUGGAGGCCCAGACUCAGAGGGGUACCAUCCGAGCUGUGCUUAUGACUGACGCUGGAUCCCAGGGCUCUGAUUGGGAUGGGAAACAACCAUUCUCCAAGGGUACUCGUCGUCUCCCAGAGCUGAGACUGGUCCUCCUGGGAGAGAGAGAGACGGGGAAGAGCUCGGCUGGGAACACCAUACUGGGUGGAGGUGGAGAAGGAGCAGGGUUCUUCCAGACAGGGAGAGUGACGGAGGAGUGCGCCCGGUGCCAGGCAGAGGUAGCCAUGAGGCUGGUCACCGUAGUGGACACCCCCGGUUGGGAAGGUGGAGUAGCAGGCCCCACCCCAGAGAGGGUAAAGCGGGAGAUGGUGUGGGGUAGCGUGUCCCUGUGUCCCCCGGGACCCCACGCUGUGCUCCUCACCCUGAGAGUGGACACCCUGGUCAGUUCCACACCUGUAAGAGAACACCUGGAGCUCCUGGGGGAAGAGGUCUGGAGGCAUGCUGUCCUCCUGUUCACCCAUGGGGACCAGCUGAGGGAGGGGGUGGGCAUUGAGCAACACAUCCAAAGUGGAGGGAGGGACCUUAAGUGGCUGGUGGAGAAGUGUGGGAGCAGGUACCACGUCAUCAGUAAUGUGAAUGGGCGUGGGGACGCCGCUCAGGUGUCUGGCCUGCUGGAGAAGGUAGAGAAGAUGGUGGCCGGGAACAGGUGCGAGGCCUUCUCGUCGCUAGUGCAGGAGGUCAGCGACCUCACCAGACAGAGGAACGAGAAAUUCAACCAGCGUCUCAAAGAGGUUGGUGACAAGAUGCAGCGUCAGGAGAUGGAGCUCAAGAGGAUGAGGGAGAGGGAGGUCAAAAGCAUCCGCUGGUUUUUCGAUCGGAAGAAGAAAGUUAAAUCUCCGGGGAAGUCAGGCGUGGAGAAAGAGGAGGAUGGAGGGGAGGAGGAGGAGGAGAAAAGGAGUGAUGGGAGGAAGAACGAAAUGGGCGAACUAGAGGAGAGGAUUCGGUGGCUGACGGAGGAUAAGGAGAGAGAGAUUCAGGAUCUGGGCGCCGAAAACUACAGAUUCAUCGCUGCGCUCAAUCAGAGAAGCAGGGAGCGAGAGGAGAUAGUCAUCAAGCUAGAGGAGAGAGAGAGAGAGAUUGACGAGCUGAAAGAGCGAGUUGACGAGCAGCAAGUGAAACUGCUCGACCUUGAGCGUGUCAUCGGGGAGAAAGAACGAGAUAAAAAAGAGAGGGAGGAAGAGUUUAGAGGGAAGCAUCAGGAAUGGAGGAGGGAAGCAGAGGAUUUGAAAGACAGGAUAGCCCUGGAAGAAAAAGAAAAAGAGGAAUGGAUAGGAAGAGGAAAAACGUCACAGAACGAGAUGUAUGAGUCAAAACAGUUGUAUGAGGAGAGGCUUUUACAGUAUGAGGAAGAGAUGCAGAGAAAACUGCAUGAAAAAGAGGAAGAGAUGGAGAGAAAACUGCAUGAAAAAGAGGAAGAGAUGGAGAGAAAACUGAAUGAAAAAGCGGAAGAGAUGGAAGGAGAGAGACUGCUAUCUGAGACAAGGGAAACAGAAAGGAGGGAUGAGCAAAGAAAGAUAGAUGAAAGGGAAAAGAAAGAGAUUAGCAAGCUGAAAGAAAUCAUUGAAAAGAAAAAUAAAGAAAUAACUGAUGCACAGCAAUUGGUUACAGAGAAAGAAAAAGAGAUUGUGGAAGUGAGGGCGAGAUCCGUUGACAACGUAAAAGAAAUUGAGCGGCUGAAAGAAAACAAUGAACAGAAGGAGUCUGAGGUGGUGGCAAUGCAACGGCAACACACAGAGGACAAAAGUAGGAGAGAUGCCGAGGCAAUGGACAAGUUACGAGGGAAAGAAGUGGAGCUCAACAACUUAAUACAAAAGGACGGGGAAAAUAAGAGAGAACUCGUCCGUUUAAGGCAAACCAUUAAACAAACAAAAACAGAACUGGAAAACUUAACUGCCGCGAUUGAGAAGGAAAGGAUGAACAUGAUACAGGAAUAUGAAAAGGAAAUCAAGACGAAGGAAGAGGAGAUGAGGUUGAUGUUAGAAGACCACGAAAGUGCUGUCAGCCAACUGCAGAAAAAGGAGGCAGAAAGUAGAAGGAACAUUUCAGGCGUGACAGAAUGCUUAAGGGACAGCCAGGGGAAGGUUGAGGUACUGCAGGAGCUGAACGUGAAAUUGAGGAAAGAGAUGGACAACCUCAGGAAGAAGUGUCAGGAGUAUGAGGAGGACCAGGGGGUUCAGAGGACCGAGAGGGAGAGCAGGGAGGCUGACAUCAGAGAGCUGCUCUGUGGAUAUGAAGAGCAGUUAAAACACAAAGACGGGGAAAUCCACCAUGUUAUGGAAGAGCGGAACCUGGAGGUUGCUGCGUUGAAACAGACAAACGAUCAGAGACAGAAGGAGCUGGAGAAUAUGAAAGAAGGGGAGGAGGUGAGAGAGAAACAGGUGGAGGAGAUAAGAGGGUGCUAUGAGAAGAAUCUGAGAGAAAGGCAGAAUGAGCUGAAACAGAUGGCUGAGGAAAAGGAGCAAGAGCUUGAGAAAAGGGGGAGAGUGUAUGAUGAGAAGGAGCGAGAACAAGCGAGAAGUAAAGACGUGCUGGAUAACAGAGGACGUGAACUUGAGACAAAAGAUGCAGAGCUAGUGAAAAGAGAAGAAGUGCUAGUGAAAGGAGAGGAAGGGCUAGUGAAAAGAGGGAAAGAGCUAGUGAAAGGAAAGGAAGAGCUAGUAAAAGGAGAAGAAGCACUAGUGAAAGGAGAGGAAAAGCUAGUGAAAGGAGAGGAAGAGCUAGUGAAAAGAGAGGAAGUGCUAGUGAAAAGAGAGGAAGUGCUAGUGAAAAGAGAGGAAGUGUUAAUGAAAAGAGAGGAAGUGCUAGUAAAAGGAGAGGGAGAGCUAGUGAAAAGAGAGGAAGUGCUACUGAAAAGAGAGGAAGUGCUAGUAAAAGGAGAAGAAGGGCUAGUGAAAAGAGAGGAAGUGCAAGUGAAAAGAGAGGAAGUGCUAGUGAAAAGAGAGGAAGUGUUAAUGAAAAGAGAGGAAGUGCUAGUAAAAGGAGAGGAAGAGCUAGUGAAAAGAGAGGAAGUGUUAAUGAAAAGAGAGGAAGUGCUAGUAAAAGGAGAGGAAGAGCUAGUGAAAAGAGAGGAAGUGCUACUGAAAAGAGAGGAAGUGCUAGUUAAAAGAGAGGAAGUGCUAGUGAAAAGAGAGGAAGUGCUAGUGAAAGGAGAGGAAAAUCUAGCACAAGGAGAGGAAGAGCUAUUCAAAAGAGAAGAAGAAUUAGUGAAAGGAGAGGAAGAGCUAAUGAAAGGAGAGGAAGAGCUACUGAAAAGACAGGAAGGGCUAGUGAAAGGAGAGGAAGAACGAGUGAAAAGAGAGGAAGAGCUAGUCAAACGAGAGGAAGUGCUAGUAAAAGGAGAGGAAAAGCUAGUGAAGAGAGAGGAAAAUCUAGCGAAAGGAGAGGAAGAGCUCUUCAAAAGAGAAGAAGAAUUAGUGAAAGGUGAGGAAGAGCUAAUGAAAAGAGAGGAAGUGCUAGUGAAAGGAAAGGAUGAGCUAUUCGAAAGAGAAGAAUUAGUGAAAGGAGAGGAAGAGCUAGUGAAAAGAGAGGAAGAACUAUUCAAAAGAGAAGAAGAAUUAGUGAAAGGAGAGGAAGAGCUAGUGAAAAGACAGGAAGAUCUAGUGAAAAGAGAGGAAAAUCUAGUGAAAGGAGAAGAAGAGCUAUUGAAAAGAGAGGAAGAGCUAUUCAAAAGAGAAGAAGAAUUAGUGAAAGGAGAGGAAAAGCUAGUGAAAAGAAAGGAAGAGCUAGUGAAAGGAAAGGAAGAGCUAGAAAAAGGAGAAGAAGGGCUAGUGAAAAGACAGGAAGAGCAAGUGAAAGGAGAGGAAAAGCUUGUGAAAAGAGAGGAAGAGCUAUUCAAAAGAGAGGAAGUGCAAGUUAAAGAAGAGGAAAAGCUAGUGAAAAGACAAGAACAGCUAGUGAAAGGAGAGGAAAAUCUAGUGAAUAGAGAGAAAAUGCUAGUGAAAGGAGAAGAAGAACUUGAGAAAAGAGAGGGAGAGCUAGUGAAAGGAGAGGAAGAGCUAGUGAAAAAAGAGGAAGAACUUGAGAAAAGAGAGGGAGAGCUAGUGAAAGGAGAGGAAGAGCUAGUGAAAAAAGAGGAAGAACUUGAGAAAAGAGAGGGAGAGCUAGUGAAAAGAGAGGAAGAGCUUGUGAAAGGAGAGGAAGAGCUUGUGAAAAGAAAGGAAGAGCUAGUGAAAAGAGACGAAGAGUUGGAAGGUAGAAGACGAGAAGUAAAGAACUGGGAGGAAGAUCUUGAAACAAGACAGAAAGGACAAGAAAAACAGAAACAGGAGUUGUGGAGCCGAGAAAAAUGCUUGAAAAGAAAGGAAGAAGAGUCUGAAAGUCAAGAACAAAACAUCUGCAGCAAGGAGCAAGACGUGGAGAAAAUAGAAAAAGAGCUGCAAAACAGAAAGAACCAACUUGAUAGUAGGGAAUAUGAUUUAAAGACUUCGGAAGAAAAUAUUAAGAAAAUAGAGCUGGAUCUAGAAAACCUGCAGCGACAACAGGACAACCGUCAACUAGAGCUGGAUGAAAGGGAAAAUGAACAAGGGAGUGGGAAGAUAGAACAUCAGAACCAGAGAGAGGAUCUGGAAAAAAGAGAGAGAGAACUGAGGGCCAGAGAACAUGAUUUGAGAUGUGGAGAACAAGGGUUGGAAAACCAGGAAGAGGAUAUGAACAACCGACAGCACGACAUGGACAAAAGACAAGAAGAAUUGGAAAAUAUACAACAAGACCUUGAGAAAAGGGAGCUUCACCUGAAGAAUAGAGAGGAAGAAACAAAGAAGCACAGACAAGCUCUGGAAAAAAGAGAGAAAGAGAUCAAAGACAGCAAACAAGGACUUGAAAACAGAGAACACCAUUUGAAGAAUGGAGAGCAAGAGUUACUGAACUGGAGAACAGAGUUAGAAAUUCAAGGGAAACAUAUGAGCAACAGGAGCCAAGACAUGGAAAAGCUGGAGGGGGAGGUGGAAAACCAUCAACAAGAGCUAAGGAACAGAGAGGAAGGUUUUGAAGACAAAAUGCAAGAGUUGAGGAAUUGGGAGCAGCGUCUAGAAAGACUUGAAACAGAACUAGAGAGGAGAGAGCAUGAACAGAGGAAUACGAAUAAUGGAUCCAAGGAAAAGGAGCAAGAAGUGAACCAUUUUGAAAAAGAUCCGGAUGGCAGAGAUUAUGACGUGGAGAUCAGAGAGCCCAACGGAUUGAUACCAAGCCAUGAUGCACAUGGAGGAGAUGUCUGUGACAUGACAACAAGAUGUGAUAAUGUGACACUAGAGGGUAUAGAGGAUUCCCAUAUGAUGUACCAGGAAGUAGGAGUGGUGGAGAAAGAAGGACGGGAACUGCAGGGAAAAGAACCAGAGAGGAGUGAAAGCAUCACAGACCGGGAAGAUCAGACGAUGAUGGAAUGUGCCUCGUCUACAAUCUUAAACAAUAACAGUCAGUUUGAAAGAAUGGCAGCGCCGGAAGAGAAAGAGGGGGCGGAAGAAUGUACAAAGAGGGGGAGAAUGGGUGAAGAGGAGGAUGAGGAGGAUAAUUAUAAGGAAAUUGAAGAUGUAAACGUUAUCUCAGACUUAAAGUUAACUCCAAGUCCAGGCCCCAGUGUAGAAAACACUAAACACAUCCAAAGGUCUGAGCUGAGGCUGGUACUGUUAGGGGAGACUUGGUCCUCCCGUCACCCAGCAGGGUACACAAUCCUGGGCAGAGAGGCCUCACACCCAGGUGAGUCCAUCUCGAUGCCAUGGCGGGGACAAAUCGCUGGAAGACAGGUCAGUGUGGUAGAACCACUUGGGCUAAAGUGGCGUAACGGACCAGACGGCAACACCUCCGUCACCACAGACCCAACACAGCUCAGGAACAUCUUCCAUAGUGUUUCCCUGUCCCACCCAGGUCCCCACGCGAUCCUCCUGGUCCUACCAGCCUACCUGUCAUUCACACAGAAGUAUCGGAGAGCGGUGGAACACCAUAUGAGUGUGCUCGGGGAAGAUAUUUGGCGUCGCACUAUGGUGCUGUUCACGUGGGGGGAAGCUUUAGGGGAGAGUGCGGAGCAGCACAUAUUGAGGAAUGGGGACCUCCAGUGGCUGGUGGGACAAUGUGGCGGUAGAUACCAUAUUCUGGCCAGCAGGAAGAACAACUCUCAAACAGCAGAGCUAAUGGAGAAGAUAGAGGAGAUGGUGGCAGGAAACUAUCAAUGUAAUGGAGACUGAUCUUCAGUUGGGAUGAGUAGAGAUGAAUGGAGAGACAAAGGAUGGACUGGGAUGAUAUGAGAGGGAAAUUAUCAGUUGUUUGAAAUCUUUGCAAAUAGGCCAAUGGCGGGAUGUUUAAUUUCAUGUGUAUUUUUGAAAUAUUUUUUUAUAUAAAAUAUCAUUCAUUAAUGAGGAGAUAUGUUACAGUUACCAAAUACAGAGUCAAACUACAGAAGCAAAAUAAAUCACAGAUGAGUCGUUCACAAAUGUCACACAUAUUUCAACUUCAAUGAAUUAUUCCUUGACAAUCCUUUUACAUACAAAUGUCAAACAUUUACCGAACAUGCUUUGCUCCAAAGGGACUUUUUCAUGUAUUACAUUUCAGAAAGAUCCAAAAUGUUGUGGUCUUUUUUGUUCCAGUUUCGCACGGAAUGACCCAUAAGACUGCUUAUAGGUUAAAAAGUUGGAUUUACAAUAUGUGAGUUCAUAGUUUCUCCACAAGAUAGAGAUCUUGCAUCACUUUCUGUGGACGGCAGAUGGAGUGUUUCAAGAUGCUGAUGUUCAACAUGUUGAUAAUAAAUUGUAUUAAAUGAGUUCAAAUGUG